CAAUCAGUUAGGUUGCGCACAUGCUGCAGUUUCAGUUUGUUUUAUUCACCAUUUUGAGUAGCUCAAGGUAAAAUUUAAACUAAAAUCGCGUUUGGAAAAUAAAUUCGUUCCCGUAUAUUUCGUUUUACGCAGUAGCUCGGGCGUUGGAACGUUUCGUUGCGCCCAUUGGAGUUGCAGAGCGGGACGAUUUCAUUUUUAUUUUCCAGGAUUUAAUUUCCCCUUUCUUACAUUCUUAACCUCUACAGUAUUUGUGCAAAAUGUCAAGACCAGUGAGGAACAAGAAGGUGGUGAAUUACUCACAAUUCCAGGAAUCUGAUGACGCAGAUGAGGAGUAUGGGAAGAACUCAGACAAGCCUAAGAAGCCUCGUGCGGCUCCUCGCGAGGUGAAGCGCAAGCGGUCAAAGAACUCGCAGGAGGACAGUGAGGAUUCUGAUGAAAAACUCUCCAAAUCCAAAAAUGAUUCAGCAGAUGACUUUGGCAGUGAUGAAGACAACGACUUUGGAGAGGAAGAUGAGGAGGAUGGAGGGAGCGACUACGAAGCUAAACGAGGCAAAAAGGGAAAGACAGCCAAGGUGGCAAAGCCCACUAAGAGGACACCCAAGAGAAAACGACCCACAGAUGACAGUGAUGAGGAGGUGAGUCGUAAGGUGCGUACAGUGCGCCAGGCCGCCACCAAGGCUGUGUCUAAACAGAGAGAGAUCUUGCUGGGAGACGGCGGCAGUGAGGACGAGGAACGUGAAGACAAGGAGGAGGCCUUCGCAGACCCUGAUGAGUCGGGCAGUGAUGAAGACUUCAUGGUUGAGGAUGAUGAUGAUAGUGACUAUGGCCGCUCCAAGAGCAAGAGGAGCAGCAAGAAGGUGAUCAAACGGAGCCGGCCAGAAAGGAAGGAAAAGAAAUCCCCCAAACCACGACUAAAGGCCACUGUGACCCCCAGCCCAAUGAAAGGAAAGGGUAAAGGUCGCCCCAGUGCUGCCAAGGCCCUGGAGAAGAGCUCGCCCAAAGAGGAGGAAGAGGAGGAGCCGGAGAGCCCCCUGGAGGAAGAGGAGGAGGAGGAGGUGGUGAAGAAGGACUCCUCCCCCACUCCCAAGAAAACAAAGGAGGCACCCGGGAAGGAGAAGAAGGAAAAGGAAGAUGAGGAGGAGGAGGAGGAGGAAGAGGAGGACGGAUCGGAAGAGGACGUGCCCUCUGGGGAAGACUAGACCCACAGAAGUCCCACCUCUCUCUCUUCCCCAUUCCCUCUCUUUACCUUCUCAAGUUUUUGUUUCUCUUGGUUUAGAGUUUAUUUUGGUUUCAUUGGUGGCCUGGCUCAAUGGUUUGAACCUCAUGUGGAUUUGUUGUUUAGUGUUUGUUGUUUAGUGUCUGGCUUCCCGUAAUGACUGACUGACUGAGCACAUCGUAUCUGUGUGCAUAAGAACAUGCAUACCAUAUGGCUGUGAGGGAUGGAAGGAAAGAACAAGUGAGAUUUUACUCCAUCUCUCUGAACAUGUCCCAUUCCUCCAUCCCUGUCCCCUCUGCUCAGCUACACCUCUACUGGCACACCUCUCUUCUCUUUUUCAUCUCCCUCUCCACAGUGGCUGCAUUAGUCUUUCCUACACAAGUCUGUGUGAAGCUCAGAAAACAGUUAUUUGGGCUUUGUUAGUUUGCCUUUCUGAGAGCUCCGUGCUAGUGGACAUCUGUCCUCAACAGUCGCUUGAAGUGUAGAGUCAUUCCUUUUCUUUCUGCAGGCUGAUGUGUGUGCAAGUGAGCCUUCUAUUAAAAAUAUAUAUAUAUAUAUUCUAGCCAUUUUCUUUAUCUGCUGAGUUCUCCAUUCCCCUCUCCAUGUAAUCUCUGGUCUGACAUGACUGGAUAGGUGAAAGCUAUGUAGUAUAACUCUUGCCUGACCUAUCCAGUAGUGAAAGAUCAGUGAUUACUGAGCCCUGGGUCUGUCUGGGUUAGGGUUUCCAUCUCUAUCCUGGUUUCUCAGUGGACUGCUGUUGUCCAAUCAAAGCACUUUUUUAUUUUAUUCACUGUGCCACAAUACCCAUUGGUUUAGUUACAGCCCAAUGCUGACUAAUCAGAGAAGGCCACACUGGAGACUCGGAGGGAGGAUAUGUAAGCGUGUUAGAUUGUUCUCCCUUAGGUCCUGUGCCCACUCACCCCAUAGCGCUGUGCCGACACUGACAAAGUGCUUUUUAAACUCUCAAACACAAUAUGUUUUAAGGAAGGUUUUACGGUUGUUAUUUUAAAUGUUAACUUGGUUGAAUUAAUGCUGUUGUAUUUCCACCUACUCCGAAGUUAAGCUCUGGCCCUGUGUCUUCACUAUAACACAUACACAAACUUGUUUUGUUAUUGAAUAUAGAACUGUCCAGUCGUGCUUUGAGAUCAAUUGUUUUGAUUUUAUUAAAGCAAAUAGGCAGAAUAAUUGGCACGGGACAAAUAACAAUCAGCGCACACCCAACACAUUUUUACAUGAUAUUCAAUAUAACAGUACAUUCAUAGUACAAGGAACAGAGUUGAAGAUCACUUUGGAGUAGCAGUGUGUUAUUGUGCUUUAGACAGAGAGAUUGCUCUGAGCUGUAAACGGUUAAUUAUGUCGUGAGAGGGGGUCAUGGAAGCAGGUCUUAGAUCAGCCCUAAGAGAGCCUGUUUGUUUGCUGCGUGCUGGUACUACCAGUGUGUGGUUGUGAUGGAGCACACGCUCAGGGGGGUUGGUGUUUCCUCACCCUAGACCCUCUACCAUUGGUUUGUGGUUCUGAGAUUUUGGCUGCAUCUGUGCUGGGCAUGACACAAGCAUAAACCAUACACCCAUGCCAACACACACACUACCCUGGCAUGGCCAGAGCAUCCUUUCAAUGUUCAACCCUUUGUGCCAGGCAUCCACAAGCCUUUUUAAUUGAAUCGAGAGUUGUUUUUUUGAGAGCCCCUAAAAUGAAUGUGUUUUUUUUUUUUUUUUUUUGUUUCAAUUCUCUAUUCAGAUUUUUUGUAAUGUUUGUUUUUUAAGAAAAUAAAUAAAAUGUAUCUUGAUUUUAAAAAGAAAAGUCGACCCUAUCCAUCUGUUUUUCUGCUGGGUUUAGGCAGACUGGGGGAGCAGACCCAGCAACUCCUUUCUGUUCCACUCUUCUCCUUUUCUCUCAUUCUAUCGCUCAUCUCACGCGCUCUCCCUCUCCUGCACUCAGCUCAUACUUACUCCUUCCCUCUCUCACACACACACACACACACACACGGCUCAUUCACCUCAGACAGAAGAAGUCAGUAUGUUGAUGUAGUCAGUGAUGCCGGCAUAUGUUUUUCUCUAUACCUCUCCUCUGCACUCUACAACCAAUAAAAACUAGCUGCAGCUAAUUAGCAUUUAAUUUUAGGUGGGUAAAUACAGGCCAAUAUAUUAAGUCACAUUGUCCUAGAGAGAUUCACACCGUUAUUAAAACGUCACACCAGGGUAAGUCUACACGAAACACAGUCCUUAUUUUAUUUGAAGUGUUUCUAAAGUCCACUAUGAGAAAUGAAUGGUGGAAAAACGAUUGGAACCAUUUCCUUUUUUGACCGCUAGGUAUUAUGACUCAUACUGUGGUACUCUAUAUGAAGGAAUCUAGGUCAAACCACUGCUUAUGCCUUUCCGGUUGUUUCAGAUCUGCAAAUAGGAGUGUACAUGGGCAGAAGUGAAAGAGAAGGCAUGAAAUAAGUGCAAGAGAAUGUUUGUUACUCCUCCCUGGGUUGAAAACAUUUUUGAGCCAAACCUAUGGUAUUGUAAAGCAUUCUUGGUCUGUGGGUUCAUUAUUGUUUUCGCUGAGAAUAAAAGCUACUAGUAAUUAAAACAAGUUUGGGUGCUUAAAGAUUGACUCGGUUUCUUAUUGCCUUAUAUUCCCUUGGUACUACUAAACUAGAGGGGCUCUCGGUAUGGCGUAAUACAGGGGGAUUGGAGGGAUGUUAGUGUGAAUACUAAACCUGUAGAUCUGAAAUGAUUCCACCCGGCCUACAGGAGUGCCUAGGGCGUUGGGGCUAGUGGUCGCUUUGGAAUUCCGCAAAUGAGUGCUCUGCCUCGGAUGUUGACCAACUGAAGCCAUAGAUCUAACAUAGUAUUAGAGGAUGACGUCUGUCAUCAAAGAAAAUAAUGAAAUAGAAGACCUAGCUGACUGAGAUCAAAGCUGUUAUUAUACCAAGGGACCACUGUAUGUAUAUAUUUUUUGGCCUAUCUGUCAGACCCAAUGAUGUUCUGACCAGUACCAAAUCGCUCAAGACUGCAAAUAUGUGCCCUAGAAGAUGUUUCAGCAGACCCAAACCAAACUUUGGUUCUGGUGCACUUUCCCUGGUACCCUCCUGACGGCAGUGGACAAGUGUUUAUAUGCCUAACUCCAAACUGGCCCCUAUAGGUCCAAGCAAUUCUGUAGAUCAAAGAUGGGUAUUAGCAAAUUUUGAUGACAAAAAUCAAACGUUAUUGAUUACCAAAUUGCCUAUUCAAGCCUUGGCUCCACAUGGGCCUUAGGGUUAGGAGUUCAUUUGGAUUGGUCAUCUUAGUAUAAGGCUUGUAUCAUGUUCCUGAAUGCUUGUACUGUGUGGGGUUUCUGUGUCCAGGCAGUAGGGGAUCCCACACAGGGCUAUAAGGUCCAUACUUUUAGGCUUCUUUUCUGCUAGUUAAUCAAAUGAUUCAUGUCACUGGUUGGCCAGAGAACUCUCUUACAUGGUAGGAGGUUUGAAUCGGGAAGGAUUGAAACCAGUAGUGCUGUGUACCUCCAGGCCCAGAUUUGAAUCCCCCUGUUUAACAUGAACACAUGACCAUGAUAAACAAUGGAUUUACUAUUUCUUUCCCAUCCUUUCUUCAAUAUCCCUGCAUUAUAUUGCUUUUCAUUUGUUUUUUUCUAUGUAUCUUAAAUUGUACUGGCAAUGUAAAUGUAAGCAAAAUUGUGAUUCUUACAGGUGAUUGCGCCGAGAAGCUUUUGUCAGUGUUGUGGAAUGGGAACGCUGAACUGUUGAAUAUUUUGCAUGUUGUGGAAAAGUGAGUGGCGACGAUGAUGGUAAUGAUGAUGAAGGCAAUAUUGUGGUCUUAAAGUAUUAACGACAACAAUGAUGUUGAUGACAUUUUGGUUUCCCGGCUUCUAAUAAAGGCAACCUACUUUUUAUACAGAUUUAA